CGCCGUUCAGUCGGUUCAGUUGCAAGCUGUGUUGCGAUUGUUACUGUCGGUCGUUCCUAAUCAUUUCCCAUUGAGUUUACCCGUCGUUGUUCGCACUACGCAGUUGUGCGUGUGUGAUCGUUAAUCGUUUAUAGUUUGUUUUUUUCCCUUCUUAUACACGAGUGGUCGCGAUACACGGCGUUUUCAUUCCAAUGUGGUCGCGUACGUUGGUGUCGCUAACACAAUAGUACUGUUGUUCUGGUCGGAGUUAAUUAUUAGCUGUCCAAACGGCCGUUGUGGUCUCACAGGAGACUCGUUUUAUGUAUAAUACAUUGUGCUAUGUGGGCUUAAAGUCACAACAUGUCCCAGAACCAGUACUCUCGCGACACUAUCAUCCAUCUUGUGGCCGGAGGGUUGGCCGGUACGACUGGUGCGGUCGUGACAUGUCCGCUGGAAGUGGUCAAGACCCGAUUACAGUCGUCCGCUAGCUUUAGGCCUGUACCGCCGCGUUGUGUGUACGUGCCGAAAAUCGCCACUGCGGACGGCGGCGGAGGUAGCCGCAUGACAUGUAAGACAAUUUCCUCCUCGCUGCAGCGGCGUCGAUAUAACACCAUGAGCGGCGCCGGAGGCCGCCACUCCAGUACACAAAUACUAACGUUUUCUCAAUGUGGUGUAGGCAGCCAGACGACAAAAUCGAUGGGCCUUGUUGAAUGCCUCAGGCACAUUGUAAAAACCGAAGGACCAAAGGCUCUGUUCAAAGGACUGGUGCCCAACAUCGUGGGCGUCGCUCCGUCCAGAGCCAUUUACUUCGGGGCUUACUCACAGUCCAAAAAGUUUUUCAACACCGUACUUAACCCGGACACACCGAUCGUACACGUACUAUCGGCGUCUUUUGCAGGUUUCGCCUCGUGUUCGGCGACAAAUCCUAUUUGGUUAGUCAAAACGAGACUACAGCUGGACUUGAACAAGAACGGCAAACGACUCACGGCCGGCCAAUGCAUCAGAAGGAUAUACAGGACUGCUGGUGUUAAAGGUUUUUACAAAGGCAUUACCGCUUCGUACUUUGGAAUUUCGGAGACCGUCGUACACUUUGUCAUCUACGAAGCAAUCAAAGCGAGACUGAUCGCCGCCCGGGUUGGACUGAAAGAACCGGACGACAACUCCAAGUCGUCCAAAGACUUCCUGGAGUUCAUGAUGGCCGGUGCCAUUUCAAAGACUGUUGCUUCGUGCAUUGCCUACCCACACGAGGUCGCCCGGACCAGGCUACGAGAAGAGGGUACCAAGUACCGAAGUUUCUUCCAGACUCUGUUUACCGUUUACCACGAGGAAGGUCCCAGGGGACUUUACCGAGGCCUGACCACGCAGCUGAUCAGGCAGAUACCAAACACGGCCAUUAUGAUGGCCACAUACGAGGCGGCCGUCUACUUGAUGACCACCUACUAUAGUUUUCCCGACGAGGCGGCGGUGUUCUACGAGGACAGCGACGACCGAUACGAGUGAUAUAUAUUGUGUAUAAUCCAAUCAACGAUAAUGGUAUAGCUGAUCUCAAUGUAUCCGGUGACUAAAGAUUUUUUUUUUAUUUACUGCUGUUGCCGCCAUCGUCGGAGUCGUCGUAUCGCGCACCGCUUGUUCAGUUACGAUGUUGUUGUUCCGUUUCUAUUUAGAAAUGUUAUUUUUAUCAUAUAUAUUAUAUUGAAUGUCAAAAAUAAAAAUUCUGCACGCCAAACGAGCACGAGCCACACGUUAUUCUUUAAAUAUUAUAUUAUGUAUACAUAUUUUUUUUUUGUUUUGAAAUUUGUAUGUGUAACAAUUGUACUUCUACGGCUAAUUUUUUUUUUUUACUUAAUCUGUCAUACUCACGUGAGUAAUAAAAAAUAAUAAUAAUUCAAUCGUCGUUCGAUCUACGUAAUUGAAAAAUUGAAAAUUUCUUUACGUUUUAUUUAUA